AAACGGUCUGUUGUCUCGCGCCGCUCGCGCCCGUGCAAUCAAGGCUUAUCAAGCAAUGGAAUCGCUUUAAAAGGGGAAAGGGGGGGGGGAAGACAAAUUUAAGAAAAAAGGAAUGACAAAAUGUUAGGCUAGGUGGCGCAACUGCCGCCCGGUAAAAAGGGUAUAGCCGGUAUAGCCAUUACCAUCCAUCCAUUCGUGCUAUCCGUGGUUCCCGUGGUUCUACCGGUCCUAUCUCGUUGUCGUGGUCACUGAUCCAUUAAUGGCGAUUUCUCGGCAAGUUUAAUUACUUUAUCGCUUUUCAUUUGUUUUCAUAUCUGGUAAUUACCUCCUGUUCUAUCGCCAAUUCCCAUCUGGUCGGUUAAUGUAGACGAUGAAAAAGUACAGGCAAAGUAAUUUAGCCGAUAGACUGCAUAAAGGCUCGGUGAUUGGUCUCAUUGGGCUAACCGUGGUGGCCAUCGGAGUGCUGGGGACGCGAAGUUUCCACGUCCUGCAAAAUUCCAGGCAGCGAAGAAAACAGCAGGAGUUGGCCUUGGAAAAGGAGCUUCUGGCGGACGGUACUGAGAAGCUGAAGCAGUUUCAGUAAUAUAGAGGUAGAAUGCAGGCUUUCUCGAGAUCGUGUUUAAAUACCUCCGCCCAGCUUCUUACAAGGUGCUUCCACGCUACUCAUGUGGAUCUGCAGCGGUCAUGGAAAAUCCUUAGGCUGAACCACAUUGCCAUGGCUACUCUAGAACUGGAGAAACUCACCGACUUCUACAAGAACACCUUAGGUUUAAAGGUGAGUGAGCCAAAGCCUUUGCAAAGCCACGGGGUGACCACCGUGUUUGUGGAAGCUGGGAACACCAAGUUUGAGUUGCUGUUGCCCUUGGGAGAGAAGAGUCCUGUCCAGGGUUUUCUGGAUAAAAACAAAAGUGGAGGCAUGCACCACAUCUGCCUGGAGGUGGACAACAUCCAGGCUGCCGUGGAGGACCUCCGGGGCAAGAACGUGCGCACCCUCUCUGAGAAACCAAGCACCGGUGCCCACGGGAAGCCAGUCAUUUUCCUGCACCCUAAGGACUGUGGCGGCGUCCUUGUAGAACUAGAAGAAGUCUGACUUUUAAUUAUGUCAUCCGGAAAUACAGUCCCAAGUAAAGAAAAGAGAGAAACCAAAA